CAGAUAGAUUGCAACGAGGACAGGAGCACUCAAGUGUGUCUGCUCUCAAUGUAAAAUGUCGAAACCCAUCGUGUCCUUAAUUGUUGCAGUUUCCUUGCUGGGUAAGUUAAUUUUCAAAGACCAUUAGUCAUUAGAAGAUUCAUAUUGUAAAGUAGCAAAAAAUGUGUUUUGAGUGAAUUUUAUUUAAAAAUGAGAUAUAAAACUUAUAGGUGAGCAUCUGCAUUUCACAGGAAAUCGGGAAAAGCUACUCACUGGGUUUUAUUCAAUAAACAUCAAAUUUUAGUGAAUUAAAAAUUAUAUUACAAAAUAUAGGUAAAAAUAGCUCAUUUGGAAAUUCUCUAACUCAGGACAGUCACAGUUUUUUUUUUUUUUAUUAAUUUAGUGUAGCGUAGACUGUGGUGAAACAGAAUUGUUAAAUUUAAACACAAAAUGGCUGUAAAAUUAUCAAUCUCACUUAUUAUGGUAUAAAUUUUGCAGUUAAUAUUUAAAUUCGCCAUGGUGAAUUGUUUAUCAAAUUAGCUCAAAAUGUGUGUUUUUCUAACAAUUUUAUUUGAAAAUGUCUGCUAGAUUUUUUUUUUUGACAGUGAAAGGAAUAUUUCAGAAACUGUAGGUUUUACAUUCUAUAGUCUUUUUAUGGUAUCAAUUUUAUUAGUUUACUAAUGAAAUUAAAAUAAUUUUGUAUUAUGUCCUAUACUUGUUAUACUAAUAUAAACAGUGUAUUAUAUAGAAUGUAAAAUGUUUCAGAUUACAAAAUGGAAACAAGUAGAACAUGCUGACUAAGAAUUUCAGUUGGACGGUUUGGAAUUAUUAUGGGAUUACGUACUUUUAUUUUUGCGGCUUUUUUAUUAAUUUGAGCUGUGUGCUUAAGAUAAAUUUAUAAUUUACAGCAGGUUUGUUUUGCUUUUUCUAGGGAUUUGAAAAUUAUUGCACCUUUUUGUAUGUUUUAUUGUGAAUUUCUAAUUGGAAACACACACACACACACACACGCACAUAUUUGAAAACACUUAACAGUACUGUAGGAUGAUAUCUGCCCACUGUCAGUGACCCAGAGUCAACAGUUACAUAGUAUUUCAUAUCAGCAUCCAGCAAAAGAGCUGUGAUUAGUCGUGUGUUGGUGGACUGUGUAGAGAACUUAAUUAAAAACAAAGGAAGGAUCCGCACUCUUAUCUUGUAGACCUUGGUGCACUAUACCUAGGGCUGGCAAACACCUAUUCCAUAUAGUAAAGACAAUGUAGUCCAGGCACUCCGGGUCUUUUUCAAACAGCAGUUUUAUUGGAGAAACGUUGCGAUGUCAUAUUUCUCCAAUAAAACUGCUGUUUGAAAAAGACCCGGAGUGCCUGGACUACAUUGUCUUCACUGUGUAGAGAACUUGGUAGACUAGCAUAUGCAGUCUAUGUUUAUGUGAAAAAAUGAUUUUUUUAAUACCUUUAUUAAAUCUAUUUUUAAGCUAUAGCAUUCUAUUUCAAGUGUAAGUUUCUUCUUUUUUUGGCCUUUUUUUGGCCACACUUGUAAAGUGUGUUUGUUGAUAGGUGUCAAGCUGAUGCACAGAACCAAAUCAGGAUCAUGUAGUGGAAGAAUAUUCCUGCAGAGUAUGGUUGCCAGGACCAAUAUAUUUUCUUGGACACACUGAUUCUACGUGCUGAUGGACAAUAUAUGAAAAGUGCUGUUUUACAAUAUGCAUAUGUUUCUUAAGUCAAAUCAAUUAUGUAAUCAAAGCAACGUGCUGUGAUCUCAUCUUCAUUAAUUAAUUGACUUCUUUCCUGAUGCAUACUGCAGGUCAGCACUUUUCAUGCACUGCCUGGUACCUUAAAGAUGUGUCCAGUUAAAUUUGUUAAUUUGGGCUCCUCCCUGAGAGAGAUUUCAUCCAGAAAUGCUCCGUUUCUUACUCCCAUUUCAAUGUAAUGUGUAUUUGUAGAAGGAAAAAUCUACAGGUAGAAAUGUUAAUGGAUUUUGUAUAGAAAAAUGAAAAUGCAUAAAGAUGAAGACAUUCCUUCAAGCUAGGAACAAUCCAACUUUGGUACUCCAACCCUGCAUCUCAAGUUACUCUAUAGCCAAAUGUUAGCCUAGAUCUGAACUCAUGGUCUUCGCACAGCCAGGAGGACAAGGUUCAAUUCUUUUUAGAUUCGGAACUACCAGGAAUACACGGCCAUUGAUCCUCCCAGACUCUCAAUUGCUGAUUUGUCGAGAACUCCUGAGGAAAUCGUCAGAUUUCAGUUUGGCGUGGAGUAACCUAUGCUGUAAAACUGUAAACUGCAAGUACUUUUUGAGUCAACAUCCAUACCUAAUGCCAUUGUUAACUUGAUCCAACUAAAUCAAAGUUAUCCCUUCAUACCCACAGCAUCCAGAUUGCCUUUUUCAAAGGGUGUAAUGUUGCUGUAAAGUAUGACACUUGAUUUUCACAUGCUUUGAGAAUUUCCAGGGGUCAAGUCCUGGGGGGAAAAGUGUGGGAACUCCCAAGAUUUUCACCACCCACCUUUAAAAAAAUUGAACAUACAUGCAUAGAGACACAUGAAUACAGUUAUACAGACAUACAUGCACCCACUCAUCCAGUCAUACAGACACAAACACACAGAUAGCUAUACACACACACAUACUCCGUCAUACAGACACACAUGCACCCACUCAUCCAGUCAUCCAGACACAAAUACACAGAUAGCUAUACACACACACAUACUCCGUCAUACAGACACACAUGCACCCACUCACACAGACACACACAGUCAGACAGUCAUAAAGGCACACAGUCAUACAGACACAUUCUCAUACAGCGACACACAUACACUCAUACAUACUGACAAAGUCAUACAGACACAAAGUUUGCAGCUGCAGCAAUCGCCCAAAUGCAUUCAGUGUCCAGAAAAAAAAAUGGUGCUUUCACAUCCGAAUCCUAUACAAAGUGCCUCCAACAGGAUGCACAUUCACAAUUAUAUUUUGGAUAAACUAUUAAAAUUAUUUUUUAAAAUAUUAAAAUAAAAAACACACACACACACACACAUUAUAUAUAAUAUAUAUAUAUAUAUAUAUAUAUAUAUCUCAAUAUAUAAAAACAAAUAUCAAAUUAUGAGUAGUUUUUUAAAAAUGUGAAAUCAUUUGAAAAGCUUAUUUAAAAAAAGAUUACAUUGAGGCCAAAAUUAUCAACAGACAUAAAAAAAAAACAAAAAAACAAACAAAAUCCUGUCAGUGACAGCGUAGAUAUUGUAAAUGGGAGAGAGAGACUUACAGCGGUGUUAGCGAUCUUUUAGCAACCAUCACCCAUGAAGCCCCAUGUAGCACAUCCAAAAUAGUCACAGAUUUGGGCUCUCCUCUAUAGAAUAUAGCAUAAAAUUAAGUUAAGAGUAAAAACAGUACUUCCUGUGUGCCACCUUGGCUAACCAAUACCCGUGCAGCACCCAACAACCUACCAAAGAGCUAUACACAAAUAGUGAUGCACACAUGCUCAAACUCCUUCACAAUCACCAUGCUACGUUCUUGAUAGAUUCAUGCCAUAUUCGUUCCAGUUUAACAGAGUUUGUCUGAUCCCAGCAGCAAUUUAAUGUUAGUGAGUGCGGUUUCCUUGUAAAUAAGAGGAGUGUUGACUUGCCAAAAGUACAACUAAAUAUAUCAUGCAGACUUGAAGUGUUUAUGGCAUGACAGAAAUUUAAUAAAAGUUAGUGAGGCAAACAUAGAGUCCGUUUGGGCUACGUUAGAAUUUGGUAAUCACACAGUAACUCGUGUAGGUGUGAUUUAUAGGCCCCCAGGACAAAUUGAAGAGUUAGAUAAUCUACUAGUUGAGGAAAUAACUAAAAUGACAAUGAAGGGGGAAGUUAUCAUCAUGGGUGACUUUAAUCUUCCUGAUUUAAAUUGGAAAACAAAAUUAGCCACUUGUGCCAGGAGCACACAUAUUCUAAACUCCCUACUAGGAUUGUCUCUAAAACAAGUUGUUGAGGAGCCAACUCGAAAAGAGGCCAUACUAGAUUUAGUGUUAACAAAUCGAGAUUUGGUAUCAGAUAUUACUGUAGGUGAAAGUUUAGGAUCCAGUGAUCAUCAGUCAGUGUGGUUUUAAUAUAAAAGAACAGUGACUGAGUCACACACCACAAAAACAAAAAGUUUUAGACUUUUAGAAAAACAGACUUUUUUCUAAAGUAGAAUAUGGGUAGAGUCAUUAUCAGACUGGGCAAUUUAAAUGGAGUCAAAAUAGGAUUAUUUAAAAAGUUGCACUAUUAGAGGCAACGAAAAUUGCAUUAGGCUUGUCAGUAAAAGCAAAAAUUUCAAAAGAAACCACUGUGGUACUCAUAGAUGUAGCCAAAAUAGUUAAAACAAAGAGGCUAAACGAAGUUAUAAGAGCUUCCAAAUCACACACAGAAGAAAAUAGCACAGUCCGGCCAGUAAAAAGGGGGAUAAAAACAUUUUUUAGAUACAUAAAUGAGAAAAGAAAAGUAAAACAAGGAUUAGUUAGAUUAAAACAAAAGAAGGAAGGUAUGUAGAAGAGGAUAAAGGUCAGGCUGACUGCCUCAAUGAAUAUUUUUGUUCUGUAUUUACAGAAGAAAAUGAAGGAAAGGGACCUCAGUUGAGAAAAAGGAUAAAUGAGUCAUUUAUUACACGUGAGUUUACAGAGGAAGAGGUUCUAUUUCAACUGUCGAAAGUAAAGACAAAUAAGUCAAUGGGACCUGAUGGAAUACACCCAAAGCUAUUAAAAGAGCUUAGUGGUGUACUAGCAAAACCAUUAACAGAUUUAUUUAACCAAUCAUUGUUAACAGGAGUAGUCCCAGAAGAUUGGAAGUUAGCGAAUAUUGUGCCCAUUUACAAGAAAGGUAAUAGGGAGGAGUCAGGCAACUAUAGGCAAGUAAGCCUUACUUCAGUAGUGGGGAAAGUGAUGGAAACCAUGUUAAAGGAUAGGAUUGAUGAACAUCUAAAAACACAUGGAUUUCAAGAUCAGAGACAACAUGGGUUUACUUCAGGGAGAUCAUGCCAAACUAAUUUUAUUGAUUUUUUUGAUUAGGUAACUAAAACUAUAGAUCAGGGUGGUGCAGUAGACAUUGCUUACCUAGAUUUCAGUAAGGCUUUUGACACUGUUGCACAUAAAAGGCUUAUCAAUAAACUGCAAUCUUUAAGUUUGGAUUCAAAUAUUGUUGAAUGGGUAAGGCAGUGGCUGAGUAACAGGCAACAGAGGGUUGUAGUUAAUGGAAUAUAUUGAAGCUUGGACUUGUCAACAGUGGGGUACCUCAGGGAUCUGUACUUGGACCCAUUCUCUUUAAUAUUUUUAUUAGUGAUAUUGCAGAAGGUCUUGAUGGUAAGGUAUGUCUUUUUGCUGAUGAUACUAAGAUAUGUAACAGGGUUGAUGUUCCAGGAGGGAUACGCCAAAUGGAAAAUGAUUUAGGUAAACUAGAAAAUGGUCAGAAUUGUGGCAACUGACAUUUAAUGUGGAUAAGUGCAAGAUAAUGCAUCUUGGGCGUAAAAACCCAAGGGCAGAGUACAGAAUAUUUGAUAGAGUUCUAACCUCAACAUAUGAGGAAAGGGAUUUAGGGGUGAUUAUUUCUGAUGACUUAAGGUAGGCAGACAAUGUAAUAGAGCAGCAGGAAAUGCUAGCAGAAUGCUUGGUUGUAUAGGGAGAGGUAUUAGCAGUAGAAAGAGGGAAGUGCUCAUGCCAUUGUACAGAACACUGGUGAGACCUCACUUGGACUAUUGUACACAGUACUGGAGACCGUAUCUUCAGAAGGAUAUUGAUACCUUAGAGAGGGUUCAGAGAAGGGCUACUAAGCUGGUUCAUGGAUUGCGGGAUAAAACUUACCAGGAAAGGUUAAAGGAUCUUAACAUGUAUAGCUUGGAGGAAAGACGAGACAGGGGAUAUGAUAGAAACAUUUAAAUAUAUAAAGGGAAUCAACACAGUAAAGGAGGAGACUAUAUUUAAAAGAAGAAAAACUACCACAACAAGAGGACAUAGUCUUAAAUUAGAGGGACAAAGGUUUAAAAAUAAUAUCAGGAAGUAUUACUUUACUGAGAGGGUAGUGGAUACAUGGAAUAGCCUUCCAGCUGAAGUGGUAGAGGUUAACACAGUAAAGGAGUUUAAGCAUGCAUGGGAUAGGCAUAAGGCUAUCCUAACUAUAGGAUAAGGCUAGGGACUAAUGAAAGUUUUUAGAAAAUUGGGCAGACUAGAUGGGCCGAAUGGUUCUUAUCUGCCGUCACAUUCUAUGUUUCUAUGUUUCUAUAUUUACACUGACCUCAUCUUUAGAUGGCGAGGAUUUACGGCCGGGCCUAUGGUGAUUUUAAGAUCCUAGUGCAACUGGAUUUACCUGCAAAGAUAACACUAGUCUAAGCACAUAACUAACAAAUAUUACAUAAAUGCAAUUUCAGGAAUAAACGUCACUUAUGUGAUCUAGGUACAGAGACUAUGUGAAAAAUGUCAACCAAAUUAUUGUCACACACAACCUGCAAUGUUAUAUUAUGCAGCAUAAAUCCACAUGUUGGCUGGAAAGUCCAGAUAGUAGGACGCCUAGAAGAGUCCCCUUGACCAUUAGAACAUGCCAGACGCAGUGAGACUUCAUUUUCAGGGAUUUCCCUUAUUUGUCUAGUAUCUGGUAUUGCUUGUAAGAUUAAACAUGGCAGAAUUGCCGGAGAGCUGAAGAGACCUUCCACUGGCAAUUAAAACGUUAGCAGCAUCCACCAUUUAUUUAAAAUGAAGAAUAUGAGCCUAGAAGAGUAAAUUCUAUUGCAGAAAUGAAAUUAUAAUGUUCCUCCUGACAAAUUUACAACUGGGAAUCCCUGGAAAUUUUUUAUACUUAACCCCUUAAAAACAAAGAGCAUGCCAUCCCUAACAUACAGCAUUCAGAUUGCCAAACAUAAGGUCCACAAUGGAUGAAUACUGACUAUAAGAAACAGCACAUUCUCUCAAUUAUAUAAAUUAUGCUUUAGGAGAUUUUACUCAAUUAUAAAGGAAUUUAUAUACUAACUUUAGUACACGGAGUCUGAAAACUGAAUAAAAAUUAUAACCAGACUAGGAGUGAAUUUUGCAGAGUAGAAUCUUGCAAAAAUAAAAAUGAUCACGAAGUUGUGACCCGGUGAUACAAACAGCAAGUAUUAAAAACUUUCAAAUCAAAGUCAAAUUUCCUUGGACAAAGUAUAGCAUACCAAUGAAAACAGUCAGAUAAUUGCUUCAGAGAGUUAAUUGCUCACAAGAGCCAAUAAAUAGCCAAAGCUGUGCACCUGCAAUCGGCAAAAUCUACUAAGCUGUGCACCUGCAAUCAGCGAGAUGUACUUAGUUGUGAACCUGUAAUCAGUGAGAUGUACUAAGUUGUGCACCUGCAAUCAGCACUAUAUUCUAACAACUGCCUGAUGGAGAGGGGGGUAACGGAUCCCAGUACUCCAGCUGAGUAAAUCCGUGAAGAAUCUCCCAAGUCCCAAGCGCAGUAGUGAUUAUAAGUGUAAAUAUCCCCCAAACCCCCUAAUCCCCCAAACAUGAGCCUAGACUUCACGAAGGGGUAAAAUGAUCUGUUUAAUCGAGGCUCAAUGGCCUGCUUUUAUACAUUUCACAGUCACAGCAAUCACACCCAGGACACUCUCACACAAAACACUCCCCUAUUAGAGAUAACUGAGUCAGGAACUGUACAAACUCAAUUAUCUCCAGGCACAGAAAACACACAAUGUAUAAAACAACCCAAAAUACACAUAAAAUACACGAAAACCCCACAAAAGUUACAUCCCGUGAUAGCCCCGAUCUGUGUGACCAACUCAUCCAAAAAUCACCUAGAUCGGUUCAGGGGUUCGAGAUUUCCAUGGACAUUAAUUAUUUGACCGACCACACGGUCCUAUGCCCAAAACAGUUCCAUGAAAUCAGGGCUUGCGGUCGGUCAACUUUGGUAACAUAAAAAUGAAGUUUAAACAGAUUCCCGAACUGAGGAAUUGAAUGGUUCCUGGGAAGGCAAAAUAGGGGUUUGUCACAUAGCUCCCCCCUAGUUCUAUGGGACAGCAUGCCCGCCUAGACCCAAACGGGUUGGCUUGGUAAUGACCGGUCAAGUUGGUUAUUUUUCUAACUCUGGAAAGUGUCAAACCAGGGACAACUAGGGCAAGCCACUAAUGUUGGGGAGAUUUAACUCCCGAACAGGGUCUUUGUAUAUGGCCCAUAGUCAGUGGGCAGGAGGCUAGCGUCCACACUCCUCCGGUAGCCCGUGGCGAACAUCCAGCCAGAGGGGUGUUCGUCACAGGGUGGAUUUAUUUAUACUAAUGUCAGAGUUUUACUUCCGUUUAGGUCUGCUAUUAGGGGAGGAGCUAACAUAUGUAAAUGCUGACAUGUUUGAUUUUUGAUAUUUCCAGUCCAUCAAAAUAUCGUUCAGAUGACUUGUAUUUAUGCUACCAGUGCCAGAAAUCAUAAAUCAAUAACGUUGCUUGGAGUUAGUGAAUGAAUAUUUGUACAAGUUUUUAGUGAAAAUUUAUUUUUGUUUGCGGUGCAGCUGCUUUUGGAACUCAUUCAAAUUUAGAAUCUGCCUUUGAUGAGUUAUAAUAAUAAUAAUAAUAAUAAUAUUAUUAUACAACGCCAACAAAUUCUGCAGUACUUGGCAAUCAUGGAAUGGGCAUAACUGACAAGUCGUUGACAUGUAAAAUAUUAACAGAAAUGGGUACAGAAGGCCCUGCUCAAGUGAGCUUACAAUCUAUAUUAUAUGUAUUGAUGUGGUCUGUAGAUUUAAACAGAAAAACAUGGAGGAAGCUACACAUUUAUGUUUUUCCCCAAGGUGCAGCUAUUUCUAGGUGCAAUCCGUGACUCUGCAGAUUUGUCAUUUGUUAGUAUUUUUUUUUUGUUCCUCAAGGGUAAUAUAAAAUAUGCAAGCAUGCACAAUUUUCAUAAGUUUGAGAUUUGUUCUGUAUUUAUCAUGAAUACUUCAGUUUGAUUUAGAUUGUCUACAGCCUAGGCAAGAUGUCAGAUUGGUGCCCCCUCAUAGAUCCCUGAGCUCUGUUUCUGUGAGUAAUAUGUGUGUGGUGGACAGUGUUGUGUGUGUGGGGGGGAGGUGGAGAGCUGUAAUUGGGGCUAAAUGUGCCUGUAUGUUUAUGUGUGUGUGCUGUGGAGGAGUCUGAGUGUUCUGUGUGUGAAUAGGUGAGUCUAAGUGUGGUUGAGUGUUGUAUGUGUAGUGUCUGUGUGUGUGUAAAUAUCCAAUGUGUUCUCCUCCAGUUUCCCUUUUGGCAGGUGAUAGCGUAAUCACUGAUGGUCCAGUGGAGGCCAUUCUUUGCAGGGUCCAUGGUGGUCCACUGGAGGUACGCUGGGGAGCUGGAUGCCUAUUGGGUUGCUCUGUGCUUACUGGAACCUGCUCAUUCACCCAGGGACCAAGAGAAUCUGUCCAAUCAUAACUUUCAGACUAACUCAAUCACUUGCAUAUUCUAAUAAUCAAUAGCAUAUCAGGGGCAGACUGACAACACGGAGGGUCCCUAGGCAUAAUAAAACAAGGGCCCCUUGCCAGAUUCCACCUCUGACCUUGGCAAUUGGAGGGGCUGGAGGGACAAUAGAUCCCCCAUUUAGUUUACUAGCCCCACUCCAACACACAGACAAUGGUUGGUGAUGGGAUAGGAAAAGAGGUCCCCCAUUAUCAUUUAGGGCCACCAACCGCAGCCAAUUAGUGGCGGCUGGGGGGCACACUAGGCCCCUCAUUUAAUUUAAUAGCCCAACUCACGUGGCACAGUUGGGUACUGGAGGGGGACAUUAUGCCCCCCCCUGUUAAUUAUUUUAAAAGGUGCCAAACAUGGGGGCAUAAGGGACCUGUGCCAGGUCCCCCUUUAUUGGAUUAGUGACUGGUGUCCCUUGUCUUUUUUUCACAACAGUGAGCUGAUUACAGUUUAGUAUACAUACCCCUACUCGCGGUACAGCAGUAGGAGCAGAAGGGAGAAUGUAUUUACUAAUACUAAGUAUUUUUUACUUAGUAUUCGUAAAGUUGGCUGAAAGACCAAAAUUAAGAAAAGGAAGGAUUUUCAUAAUUUGGGGUCUUUCAGCUGUUAGCAGAUAGCUCCCUAGUACGUGUGGGAUUGAGUUUUUUGGUACCCUGAAAUAUGACAAUCGAAAAUAAUGUCUGAAAACAAAUGGGCAAAUUGUCUAAAUUUGGUUUGGCCAAAAUAAUAAUUUCGGCGGCUCCUAAGAAUAUAGUGCAGGGCGCUUGGAAAGGGCCAGUGUAGGCAACGUGAGAAUACAGAGAACAGGUGAGUAUUCUGGAAAAAAACAAAACUUUCCAAGACACAGGAAGUGGACAUUACUUAAGCUCCACCAUGAGUCUAAGAAACUCAAUCUGGGGAAAAAGACAUAACACAAAGUAGUCCUUACUUUGUCUUAUGUUUUUAAUUAGAAAUAGGUAAAAACCAAAAAAAAAAAAAAAGAGACGAGGGAGGGAGAGACGAAGAGGGAGGGAGGGAGAGAGGGAGGAGGGAGAGGGAGAGGGAGAGACUCACACAAGGGGGUAAAGAGACCACAAAAAUAGGAUGAAGACACAGAAACAUGAAAAGAAUGCCAAACGGGGGAUACAAUAUACAAAAAGGAAAAACAUAAGAAAAGGGUGGCAAGAUGCACAAAAGGGGCAAAAGUGUAGUGUAGACAGAAGUCCUUGCGCCGACCCUGGCCAUCUACUGAAGCCGUGAACCGGAAUAUGACGUUAUAUUCCGGCUCCUGUAGCAUCAGUAAACGGCGCGCAAGGGAGCAGAGCAGAGAGAUCACAGCUCCCUCGCCGCCGUGGAUUCCAACACAGCCUUACGCCUCCCAGCAGCCCCACUGGACCUCAAGGACAGGGCGACCAUUGGGGAAGCCGGAGUGGGUGUUUGGGGGUGGCAUUUUUUGCCGUCCCCUGGUUAGUGCCGCCCAAGGCAAAUGCCUAGUUUGUCUUUGACUAAAUACACCAGUGGUGCACUGUGCAUGCUUAUGACAGACGUAUUUUUCCUACAUAUUUGACCUUAAGCAGCACAGAAGAGAGUUCUCUUCUGUGAACUGGGAGUGUAACUAGCCCCCGGCACACACGUGCAAAUAUCCCCGUGCAGGCUUUUAAGCAGAAAUAUUGCACAUACAGAUUCGAUGACCAACUUUAAGCGCAGGUGUCAUCUUUCUGGUUGAAAUAACCCUUUAAGUUUUUUAUUGUUGUUUCCCCCCAAAGAUAAUGUAGACAAUACCAGUGUAAUUAAGACAUUUGCGAACAAAAGAGUUAAUCUGGUACUUUUUAGAUGACUUGAAUGUGAGAAAUUCUGGUUUCUAGUCCUGAGGGAAGUACCAGCCAGCUAAAUGCUUUUUUUCCUCAAAAUAGUGUAUAGUGUAUUGUAUGUACCUUUGUGUGUUACAAUAAGAUAUUUUUAUGAUACAAUGUAACAUUUAACUCAGGGCUCAACAUUUUCAUUUGUCUACUAGCCAUUGCGAGUGGAAAUUCACAAAGGGUUGCAAGGGACUUGGCUGGUGGGCAAAGAGUGUAAUGGGCUAUAACUGAUGAAGGGCAUGGCUGUGUAUGGAGGGGGAGUAUGGUAUAGUAUGGCAUAGUAUAGUAUAAUAUAACAGGCAGCCAAGUAAGGGCAGGAGAAGGAAAAGGCAGAGCAUGACAUAAGGCAUGGGGGGAAUGGCAGAAACUAUUAACCCCUUAAGGACAGAGUCAAUUGUACACUAAUCAAAACAAAACGUAAACAAAAUCUGUAAUUUGCACAAUAGCUCUGUUCAACUGGAAUUCACCUCUUUCAUAUUAAGUGCACCCACACUUAUUAUACAUCAUUUUGUUCAGGAGAAACAGGGCUUUCAUUUCACAUCAAAUAUAUAUAACAAUUUAUUAUGAACAAAAUCUAAAAAGUGUGAGAAAUUAAGAUUUUUUUAGUUUUGCAUGGCAUUGUAAUGGUGAAUGUCAUAAUACUGUUAGCUUUUACUUAAAGAAAAUGCACAUAUUUGUAUUGAGCAAUGUCUCACAAGUACAACAUUACCCCUCAUAAACAGGUUUUAUGGUGUUUUGGAAAGUUACAGGUUAAAAUAUAGCAAGUUCCAUUUUUCAGUUGAUACACAUUGACAUUUGCCAGAUUAGUAAUGUUGCCUUUAAAACCUUCAUAGCCCAGGAAUGAGAAUUAACCUCAUGAUGGCAUACCAUCUGCAUAAGUAGAGAAUCCAGGGUAUUCAAUAUGGGGUAUGUCCAGUCUUUUAUAGUAGCCACUUAGUCCCAAACACCAGCGUAUGCUGUGAGUUGUACACAAAGGAAUCAUCAGUGGAUCCAGAGAUAGUGGUGGUCUUUUAGCUGUAAACUAUUGUGCUGUCUCACAAGUACCUAAAUAUUGGCACUUUGUUUGUAAAUACCCUUGUCUUGACUCCUUUAUCUUGUUUUUUAAAUUUUUUUUAAAACCACAGGCGCCCCUUUGUGCUUCGGUUUCAGAUAUAUUGUCCAAUAAACAGUUGUCUGGAGUGUAAAGGACACCCACUCAGGAGACCAGCUGCAUGGUAUUCUAAAUAUAAAUUAAAUGGACAUAUAUAUAUAUAUAUAUAUAUAUAUAUAUAUAUAUAUAUAUAUAUAUAUAUAUAUAUAUAUAUAUAUAUAUAUAUAUAUAUAUAUAUAUAUAUGGACACUAGCUAGAAGUAAUUUAGUUAUUAUAUUUAGGGAAUCGAUGAUAAGGAUUUUUAUUGUGUUAUCAUAGCCAAUUAUAUUAUUUAUUUGAACCAACUCCUACUUUACAUAUAUAAAAAUAUGCAUAGAGAGAGCGGUACUUACUGUAUUGGGUUUACUGGUCCACAUAGACUUAUAUACUCUAAUCGGUAUAUUGCUAUCUUGGUACCUUACUGCAAACUGCUGUUUCAUCCAUCUCCUAUUUGCAAAAAGGAAAUUAUCUGAAGCUGGCAGUGUUAAACUUUGUAAUAUUAUGGGAGUAUUCUCCUUCAAAUACACUUGAAACUGUGCAGUGGAAUGAAGCCAUCAGAAUCAAUGGAAUGAAAAAAUAUGGCAUGCACAUCAUCCACAAACUAUGACCAUAAAAGGUUUCAACAGCAGAAUUAGGAGAAAAUUGUGGAAGGUCCAAUUAUAAAACAAUAUGAAUUAUUGGGCCAACUGGGGAGAGUCUGCCAUUUUUCCAGCCUGCCCUUACUCUGUGAACAGUGUUGCAGUUUAUAAAAUUCACAGAUUCUUUCAAAAUUCAUUCAGAUGGCUUAAUUAUUGUAAUGAAUUUGAAAAAGCAGUUGACGGCAUUGCUUACAGAUGCAGAAUAUAGUGUAGAUGUUCAUAUCCAGUCAGGGCCGGUGCAAAGAGCUUUGCCGCCCUAGGGAAAAGAAGAGAUUGCCUCCCCCCCCCCUCCACCCCAUCACAAUGUCCCACCCAUAUGAUCUGCCAUAUGAACCAACGUCAGUGCUGCACACAGUGUGCGUUUACAUUAAAAAACCUGCAGGGACAGACUAUAGAAACCAGAACCACUACAUUAAGCUGAAUUGGUUCUGGGGACUAUAGUGUCCCUUUAAUGUGAGGUAAUUAGAGAUCAGUGCCACGAAUAAUAUACUAGAUUGCCUACUUACAACCAGAUGAGGAUGAUGAUGGGCUUUGACUGCAGUCUGGCUCCACUGGUCUGGUGUAGAACAGGCUCUCUUGCGGCUGUUUGUAACUGUGGUCACAAAAGUCAAUGUUCUGUGGGAACAGGAUGCAGCUCCAUUUUUUUGGGCCCCUUGCACAGCUCAAGGUCUGGGCCCCCACGGCCUGAUGGUGAGUAUGCCCAUAAGGCCCACCCAUAAGUCUACCUCUGAUUUCGCUCACAAGGAGUGGAGUGUGUAGGGGAUGUGUUACGCGUUAGUGUAGAGGAUCUAAAGUGUGUGCUUAUGGAAUGUUGUGUAUAGGGAUAACAGUUUGUGUAGGGGAUGCAGUGUGUGUGCAGUAGAUGCAGUGUGUUUUUGUGUAAGGGAUAGAAAGCAUUGUGUGAAUCUGUGUUUGUAUGUGUAAGGGAUGCAAGGUGUGUUUCUGUGUGUGUAAGGGAUGCAGUGUGUGUGUCUGUAAGGGGUGCAUUGAGUGUAAGGAGUUCAUUGAGUGUGUGUAAGAGAUGCAUUGUGUUUGUGUGUGUGUGUGUGUGUGUGUAAGAAAUGCAUUGUGUGAUUCUGUGUAUGUGUGCAAGGGAUGCAUUGUCUUUGUGUGUAAGGGUUGCACUAUGUGUGUGUGUGUAAUGGAUGCAUCAUAUUCUCUCUGUGUGUGUAGGGAUGCAUUGUGUGUGUAGUGUGAAAGAGAGUUUGUGGGGUAAAAUAGGGGCUGAGUCCUACCAGCCCCUUUGUGCUUCUCUUUCCCCUCUUCCUCAGCCUCUCUCCCCUCUUGUCCCUUACUGCUCUCCCCUGCUGUCCCUUAGAGCUCUCCCCUGCCCCACUGUCCCUUAGUGAUCUCCCCUGUCCCUUAGUAAUCUCCCUGCCCCCUUUCACGUAGUGCUCUCCCCUCCUGUCCCUUAGAGCUCUUCCCUCGUCUCCUAGUGCUCUCUCCCAGAGCUCUCCCCUGCCCCCUGUCUUUUAGAGCUCUCCCUUGCGUCCAAUAGAACUCUCCUAUGACCCCUUAGUGGUCUCUUCCCCCCCCCAUAUUGGUCUCUCCUCCACCCCACCUCAGUUAGUGGUCUUUCCUCCACCCAUCCCCCUCAGUUAGUGGUCUCUCCUCACCCUCCACCCCUAGUGGUCUCCCCUCCCUAGUGGUCUCUCCUUACCACCCCCCUCCCUCCGUGAUCUCUCCUCAUCCCCCCUCCUCUCCCUCCGUGGUCUCUCCCCUCGUUCUCCUCACCCCCUCCCCCCACCUCUGUUAUAGUGUGGCCGAGCUCCGGUCCAGUCCGCAGUACAGGAGCUUCUGUUUCCUGUACCCAUCCGAACGGACACAAAAUGCUCACUGAAUGAGCACUUCCUGUCAGUCUGGCCGGGUACAGGAAGCGGAUGUUUCUGUACCGCGGACCGGAGCUAGGCCAUGCUACACUGAGGGACUGACAGGAGGGAGAGCUGUGCGCUUCCCUCCUGCCGAUCCCUCUUUUCUUGCACACCCGAGCCAAUGCGCCUAAGGGGCGCCCUAGGCGACUGCCUAAUUUGCCUAUAGGAAGUGCUGGCCCUGUAUCCAGUACUCUUAAAGACUGGUUUAAAAUCUACAUCCUGCAUGCAUCUGUUACUAGCGGGUAGACGUGUGCUUGCCAGUUUCUUCAAAGCUAGCAGGGACAGCAACCUGAAUACGGGAGUUAGGAAUCAUCCAGAAUAAAUUAGAAUAUGUAAUCAUUGUUCUGCAACACAGUAAAUACAUAUUACCCCAUUCUAUGUUAUUACUAUGCGUCAUCAGCCAUCCCAAUCCACCAGGCAUUUAUUCCAUUUACCCAAUGGUCUGGUUCAGAGAGGCUCUAGUGCCUUUCAAACGUCCCUACAAACAACACCCUGGCGCUUGACUUUAGAGGAAAUAAAGACAAAAAAAGCAUUAAUUCCAAAACUGACGCACACUAGUAGCUAGCUUUGAGUUACCUAGAACAACUUUCACUUCUGUUCACUGUACUAUACACUUUUUACAUGGUCAAUACAGUUAAUUAAAAUAUUGUGCUUUAGUCAUGAAUUUAGACUCAUUAGUACCAUUUACCUCUAUAUACAAGACAUAGUUUAUGUAUUUUCAAUAGGCAUCACCUUUUCUUUGGAUGUCACCCAUUGUUAGGGUAAUGGACAUUCAUAGAUAUUCCAUUAUGCAGUCCGUCUUUUAAAAGGUCCCUCAACAUUCUGUUAUUUGUUUAUAUCCCAGGUUGUUGUCACACUGAGAUGGUCUGUAGCUUCAAUGAUGUGCUACAAAGUUUGAGUCUGACCAAUCUUCCGGGUCCUGAUGUGAGACCGGUAAAAGACUGGAGAAACCCAACCGUGGUCUAUAUAGACUUUUACCUCUAUACGGUCAUCGACUUGGUGAGAUUUUUUUUAAAUGAGUGAUUGCAAUGUAAGUUCAGCUGUUUAGACUAACCUAUCAGAAGUACGGAGCAUCCUGAAACUUUGUUUCCUUAUACGCCUCAAGUUCUGGAGUCAACGCAUUACUUUUAGUUGUUAUAUUGGAGACAACCUACCUGCUUUUUUGGUGGUGGUUGAAAGGUUGAGUUGCAUAAUGUCAUUUGUUAAUAACCUUAUUAAUCUUAAAUUUUUUAGGACACAAGUUUACAGAUCUUAACUACACUUCUCUGGUUUAACAUGGUAAGGAAUUGAAAUCUUUAUGAUUCUAGUGUGCUUUAACACAUUGCUUGUUUACUUUCAUGUGAAUAAAAUCAGGUUUACUUAUUAAAUUCCAGAUUCUGAAAAAUAAUUUAGUACAUCCAGGGGCAGACUGCAAAAACUCGAUAUUGCUCACAGACUUUAUCAGUACUCUGAAUUAGAUUGUAUAUAGUCCAGAGAUCAGCCAGUUCGGACGGAGCCGGUACUAAAUGAUGGAACCUAUUCCUUUGAUUUAACAAAAUUGACCCAUAUCGACCUGCAAAGGCAGUUCAGCUGAAUUUGAAUAAUUCAGUUGAGCCACAUUUUACAGGCAGAUAAUGACCAAUUCUAAUAUCAGCUUAUUAGAUGACUAACUCUAUGAAAGAUUGGUUUAACUACAAAGAGGGGUACAUCAUAGACCGAUUAAUAAAACAUAAAAGCACAUCUUCUAAACAAGCACACAUAAAUGAAAUGAAAAGUAGUAACAGGUGAAAUACACCAAUAACCUCAGUUGCCUUUUUUUUUUAAAUAUAGUCUUCAUGUGUCAGUGCUUAUAAUAUAUAAAGUAUCACUGUGUAUACCUCAGCCUAGUUCACUACUGUCCACUUAAUGGGAUACUAUAGUCACCAAAACAAUGUUAGCUUAAUGAAACAGUUUAAGUGAUCAUGCCCCUGCAGGCUCAUUGCCCAAUUCUUCUAAAUGGCAGAGAAUUGAGCAGUAAGACUGGAGGGGCAUGCUCUCUACACCCAAACUGCUUCAUUAAGAUAAAGUUGUUUUGGUGACAAUAGUGUGCCUUCAAACAUGUUACACCCCAGUGCUACAGAUUCAUCAAAAUCUCCUCUUGUAACACGGUUUUCCCAAUACUAUUUUAAUGUACCAUGUUUAGGUGGAAGACCCUGAUCUACAUGUUGAACACAUGGUGAUAUUUUAUAUAUUAUAAGUCCUGAUAUUUGAAUACUGUGCAAAUCUCAUAUUUUAUUUAGGCUUCGCUGGUUAUGAUAAAAUUCAAGCCAUAUUUGUCUUUAGCAAAUAUGCAAACGGCACAUUCGGUUGCAAUUUGGAUAUGCAGUAAUAACCAAAUUUAGCUGAUGCUUUUCCCAUUAUUAUCAUUAUACAUGCACAUGUUUGGACAUAACUGACACAGCAAAGAGUGCACUCCUCUACAUUAUAGAUGUAACAAUGUUUACAAAUUGCCGCAGAUACAAGCCAUUCUUAUUACAGAAAAAAGAGGCUUUGUACAUUAUGCAACAUAAGCUUUACAAUGAAGUUUUGGCAAUGUCAAGGUGCUUAGAGAGACCAUUUAAACAAUAUCAAUCCUCAGCAGUGUCACUAGGGUUGCGGUCACCCAUAGGCGUGUGCCGGGUGUGCCUGGGCACACCCUAACCCCGCGGCCCGCACUAUGUGCCUCCCUCCAUGGGCAGGUGAGGGAGAUCAAAGAUCUCCCUCACCGACCCACAGGCAGGGAGGGAGGCAGGAGAGGACCCUGGGGGGCUCUUGCCAGCAGCUCCACCGGGUUCCUCUCGCGAGGUUGGAGCGUUGCCGCGGCAACGCUCAGAUCUCACGAGAGUGAACUCUAGCCCUGCAGGCUAGAGUUCACUCUCCACUGGACCACCAGGGAUGGCAGCAGCACAGUCCCCCCUCCCUACAAAAGGUAAGAGGGGAGGGGGAUAUUAACUAAACAGCCCCCACACACAGCGCACCUACUUGUGUGUGAUAGAGAUAUAUCAUAUCAGCAGCAGUGAAAACAACAGCACCUACUUUUGUCUUGAUAAAGUCCACCAAUCUAUUAAACUGGGGCAGGAACAGAAUGAUCCAUACACCAGGCAACUCUUACAUGUCAAAUACUGCCACAAACUGACCACCUUAUUGUGUAUUACAUUCUGUGCUUGGCUGCAAUGUGCAGGUCACUAGUAAUUUUAACAACUACAAAAAAGUCUAAAUAACAGAUGUACCCGGUGUUUAGCUUGGUUGUCUGGUGUGGUGGGUAGAUUACUGCUUCCUGCUUUUCCAAGAAAUUAAGAAACCAGGUCACUGAAUUUCUUGAAUAAGGAAUGAGAAAUGGGUUACUUUAUAUACAUGUAUUAAUAAGACCAUGCAGUGCUGUGCCUGGGAUACUGUCACAUUCUCCAGGUUACACACAGUAUGUAUUGGCUCUGGUUAGGGUCCUGUGGCAAUGUUUGCAUCUGACCUUAACCUGGUACCCAUGCUCUGGGUACCAGGACUCAUAAGCUGUUGCAGUGAGAUCUGCACCAUGCAUCGUACAGCCAUAGUGCACACCUAAUUUCCUAAACCAGCUGUGGGUCUUCCUGCUGGUGUCAGGUGGAUGUGUUGCCUGGUUACUGUGGUUGCCAUACUACACGGAGCCCAGGGUAACAUGUUGCACUUUCUGGACUGCCAAGCCACCACCAUCACCUCUGUUGCUCUCCAUGCAUGGAACACACCAGUGGUCCUACCAAUGCCAAGGAAAUGGGUGCAGCCAAUCAGAAAACACAAUGACAGACAGCUAGUGAAUGAGACCUGUUGUCUAUGUCAACACAGAAUUCCAACCAAUCCGUUCCAGCCUGUGAACUACAGGCAGUGCUGAGGGUUAGUCUGCACCAAUACAAAGCUUCACUGAUGAAGGUACAGACCAAAGGCCCACGCAGCGAGUGCACUUGGCAUAUGAGGGAGAUCUUUGAUCACGAUCAGCGGUCCAUGAAGAGGCACGCAUGGGCCAGACAGUCGGUGUCAUUCCGUAGUAACACCACUGUCAACCCUGGUCAUCUGUGAUCUAACUUACUCCUUUAGUUUGGGCACACUCAAAGUUGAACACAAACUGAUGGAAAAAAACUAAUCCUCUACAUAUUCACAUUUACUACAAGUGACAAAAUGGUGCAGUUUUAUUUCAAUGUAUAUAUAUUUAUUCAAAAUAUCUGUAAUGUAAAUAGUUUUACAUUUCAUAGAGUAAAUUAGAAUCCAAUCUAAAUCAAAAAAAAAUAAUAAUUUACAGUAGUCGGCUUUUUUGUUCAGUGACUCAUACACGAUGAACUAAAAAACAGGCACAAUAGGAGACCAGAUUUUUCUUGGGAACUGCUAAAAAAAAAUGUUUGCAAACCGAUAAAAAUAAUAAUCUGACAGGUAUUAAUAUUAUCAUUAUUUAAGUUAGGAUGGCAGAAAUACUUACACAUCAGAACAAGAUUUUCAGUGGAAAACUGAGUAAAUAAAAGCUAAGCCAAGAUCCGUGAGUAUACAAAACUGUAAAACCACAAAAAAAAAAAAAAAUUUAAAUUUUUUUUUUUAUAUAUAUUUACAUACAUACUACAGUUAAAUCAGGUGACAAGCCCUAAGUAUAGAUUCCAAGAAUUCUUUAACUCCUAACAAUAGCCAAAUGAAGAGAAACCAGAACAUUUUGUAACCGAAGCACAAGCCUAGGGCAAAACUGAAAACCAAUUCCUAGAAAGUAGGACAUCUCUGCUGCCUGCUGGAAUACCAAAAACCGUAAGUGAGCAGUCGAAAUAAAAAGAGGAGUUUACAUAGGAAAGACAGCAGCAAUAGAGAAAGUGUGAGUGAUUGAUUGGCAUGAAUGUUCUCCGUCAAGCAUCGUUUGAAUGGCAUUGUGUGAGAAGUCCACCAGGAACUUCACAUGGGCUUGGUAAACAAUUUGUCGCUUUCAUUCAGAUUUUAUUAGGUGUUUUGCUAUUCCAGGUCUGGACAGAUGAGUUUAUUUCUUGGAACCCUGGCAAUUUCUGUGAAAUUAAUAGAGUGCGCAUACUCGGCGAAAUACUUUGGAAACCAGACCUCUACGUUUAUGAAAUGUAAGUUAUGCAAAUGUUAUUCGUAGGAAAGUUCUGAUUAUGUGCAUGCAACGACCCAAACCACACUUGAACAUUCAUUAAAAACGUCUUUCAUUUGCAACUGAAGUAACCAGAUACGUUAGCAGAUCUAAGGUUUAGCGUUAGUGGGGUCCUGUUAUUAGUUAACCUUUUCUAAAAGCCCACAAUGUUUAUUUUGACACUACAAAUUCCCUUAUGCUAAAAUGACAUAUCAAGCACCAUAACCACUACAACUUAGUGUAGUACAUAUGGUACUAGCAGUGCCCUGGAGUCUUCCCAAAGAAAGCAUUCAAACCAUUUAAUAAUAGUUUUACCUGGUUCCUGACGGGCACUGAAUGCAACCUUCUCUGCUGCCAGAAGAGCUUCCAGUUAGUUCCACUAAGUUAAAGGACCACUAUGGGCACCCAGACCACUUCAGCUUAAUGGCCUGGGUGCCAGGUCCAUCUAGGGUUAACCCUGCAGCUGUAAACAUAGUUUCAGAGAAACUGCUAUGUUUACAUAUGGGUUAAUCUAGCCUUUAGUGGCUGUCUCAUUGACAGCCACUAGAGGUGCUUCCGCGCUUCUCACUGUGAAAAUCACAGUGAGAAGACGCUUACGUCAAUAGGAAAGCAUUAAGAAUUAAACUGAAUUGUGGGGUUUUUUUUUUUUUUUUUGCUAAAUUGUUGACAAGAUUUAAAAAGAAAAUUAAGUUUCAAAUGAAAGAAGGUUAAAUGAUGUUCAAUGGUUUUUUCACUAGUGGAUAUGGUACAAUGGGACUGGGUAUACAUUCUAAGGGCUCAUUCAGAAUCUUGUCACUUUGUUUUAGUACAGCCACUACCAUUACUGCUUUUUGCUACUGUUAGUGAGUAGUGUCUGUUUACCAUCUGCAAAAUAAUAAAUGUAAUGACCGAAUUACCAGCUGCCACUACUGAAAGCCGGUCACUAAGCAUUCGCAUUCGCUUCAUAGUUUCCGACUGGUUGAUAACCUUGUCACUGCUCAUUACUGCCUGCCACUAAACCCACGUCUAGCCUGGUGUAAAGCGAUAAACAUUAGUUAUGUCUAUACAUCCUAAUGAAGCAAAAUAUCUUGUUCCAAUCAUAUCUCUACUCUUUACUGGCCAGACGCUGCUUGCCACACAGGUUAUAUUGCGCAUGCUCUGGUGUGGAUUUCAGUGCAUUACCAACAAGUCACUAAUAUCCCCUUAAGGACACAGCUUCAGUAAUAAACGGCAAUCAUAACGGAACAUUUCCGUCAUGUGUCCUUAGAGGGAUAUUAGAGUGGCUGCUUUCUGUAGUGGCAGUCAUUAUUAGUCAAAGCCUGUAACAAUUUAUCAACAAAUAAUGUAAAUCUGGUGGCAACUUGUAGUCAUUACAAGUUACUGGCUCUUGCUAACAGCAACAGCUUGGGUCUGCUAUUUACCAAAAAGAUUGUAAACAAGCCCUGUUAUAAGCUGGGUUAUAUGAAAAUACCAUUAUACAUCUGGUUUAAGCACUUUUCAUUUUAGGUCAGUAUAUCUGAAAAUGUGAUAUUUUACCUAUAAUUACAUAGGACAGACUAUAAUAAGGAUUCUUCAAUGAAACUCUAUUACUCCAUCACAAGCAAUGGCUUAAUCAGUUAUUCAGCACCUUUGAGGAUUGUUACUAGCUGUAACCUGCAUAUCUUCAAGUUUCCAUUUGAUACUCAAACGUGUACCUUAACCUUUGGUCCUUAUAUUCACUCAGGUAUGUAUGCACUCCCCAUGUGGUGUAACUAUUAUCUUGGAUUGAAAAUAUUGGUUAUCUGCGAAUUCAGAAUAUAAACGCUACAAGAGGGGACAUCUCUAUGCUUGUCAGUAAUAAGCAGCUGUUAAGCAUUGUAAACCCCUACAGUUGGUAGAUGUUUGUGUCUACAAAAUAUUAACAUCAAUAUAUCCACUAAGCACAAUACAACGAUACCUAUACAAUACACAGAGCUAGGUAGACUACAGAGAUAUCCAUACAACAGGUAGAGCUGAGUAAAAUACAGAGAAAUAACACACAGAGCUGGGCGCAAAAACAUACCAUAACUAUCCCACACGGCCAGGAUCACUGUGAUGGAUUACACAGAGCUGCAAUACAUAGUACAUGUUUAUGUAUAAUUAUUUAGCUUUCACUGCUUCUGUCUAUCUUUCUAGACCUCCCUUAGCUCCCUACUUACAUGAUCUCAUCUUUAGUAGUGCUCCUGAUAUGAUAAUGUUAGCUUUCUAUUAAAGGAACUCUAUAGGCACCCAGACCACUUCUGCUCACUGAAGUGGUCUGAGUGCAGUGUCCCAGGUCCCUUAACCCUGCAAAGCCAAUUAUUGCAUUUUUUUUUUAUAAACUGCAAUAAUUAGCUUUGUGGGGUAACUCCGCUUUUAGUGACUGUGUACCAGACAGCCACAAGAGGGAUUUCCGGGCUGUUAGGCGACUUUUGGAAAUUCUAAUGUGAGCAUUGUCAUUGCCACAUGUAUGCAUUAGGUCUCCCCCGCUAGCUGACAAUGACUGGGUAGAAGCGGACACAGGCCCAAGUCAACGCCAAGAGACAUCGGUGCUGGGCCCAGGUAAGUGACAGAUGGGUUUUUAACCCCUUCUGCACCAUGAGGGGGGGGAGAGGGGAGGUAAGAGGGAGAGGUGGGCACUAUAGGGAGCUAUUGUGCCAGGAAAACAACUUUGUUUUCCUGGUACUAUAGUGUCCCUUUAAGUAUUGCUGCUGUUAUGAAACAUGUCAGCUACUCCAUUAGCUCUCAGCACACAGUCUAGAACAGUGUGCACAUGGUUAAAGCAACAAGAUACUGAUCGAUGCAAUCCAUUUCAUCUACUUCUGACUCAUUGUUAGUUCUCAGCACACAGUGUGCACAUGGUUAAAGCAGUGAAAACCUUAGACUCCAACCACUUCAGCUACUCCAGGCUCACUAUUAGCUGUCAGCAAACAGUGUACUCAGGGUUAAAGCAGCAUGAUACUGACAGACUCCUUAUUGCCUUUGCAGCUGACAAUAUAAUUAAUCUGCAGUGGUAAUAUGGAGCCAAGAAGUAGCUGAAAUCAACAAUAAUUACAGAUUAAAAAUUAGAGUCACAGCCCCAGUCCUCCAGUUUGACAACUCACAACAUUUCAACUAGACACAGUAUUAGUGUCUCAGGUCUCAGCUGUGGAGUGACUGAGCACUUUAAAUAGUUGUUAGAACUAUUUGUCACCCAUGAGCGCUUUUCGCGCUCGCUCUCUCUCUCUCUCUCUCUCUCUCUCUCUCUCUCUCUCUCUCUCUCUCUCUCUCUCUCUCUCUCUCUCUCUCUCUCUCUCUCUCUCUCUCUCUCUAUAUAUAUAUAUAUAUAUAUAUAUAUAUAUAUAUAUAUAUAUAUAUAUAUAUAUAUAUAUUUGAGUAAACUCCCUUGCUUAAUCAACCCUGAGGCAUUCACUAGGGCUUUUGCAGGAUAGAAAAAGAUAUUAUACACUUACAUUUGGCAGGGGCCAGGAGCUGCUGUGGCUGUGCUCUCGCUCUCUGUUACUUCCAAGAUGGCUUCUUGCUUCUCUCUUUUGUGGACACUGUCAAAGCACCCCCAAUGCGAUCAUCAAUUGAUGGCUCCUGAAUAGAGAGGAAAAUAGUGUGCCUCCAAUCAUGGGCAGCUGGUUGUGGUGCCCAAAUGGCAACUCUAGGAACAUUUCAAAAAUUCCAUCUUAAAGGGCACUACACAUGUGCAAAACUUGCUGAAACAGGGCAGAUUUCAAACCAGCACCAUUUUUGUCAUGCUUAGAACUCUCAAGUAAGCUUCUCCAAACAGCUACCUAUGAGGAGGCAGGGGCCCUGCAGAAUGGAAACCUAUUACAGAAUUAAACAGAUACUAAUGUUUUUCCAUAGUUUUUUGACUUCCCACAUUUCCAGAAAAAGAAUCAUAGUGUUUCUAACUACUGAAAAUAUAUAUAUUUUUCCCACAUAAAAUCAGGUGCGAUGCUGACAAGCCUCCACUGGGUGCUUCCUAUGUCAGUGUUGCACUGUGUGCAGCACCUACGAUCAGCAUCUGGGUAUGCACUGAACAAUCCCCACAGUGAUACAUUGAUUCAAUGCAUCUCCAUGAGGAGAUGCUGCUUGGCACAGGGUGUCAUUUUGCCACACAUGCGCAAUAGCCUCCCAAUGCUUUCCUAUGGCAGAACAUUGGAUUUGAUGAGAUCAUCAAGACUGGUGAUCUCAGCCAUGAAGGCAAAUCCAGAGCGGCGAUAGGGAAAAGGUAAAUUAACUUUUAACUCAACGUAGAGGGUGGCCAGUCAUCUAAAUAUUUACUCCAGCACUAUAUACACAUGUUUUUUUUUCCUAACACUAUAGUGUUCCCUUAAAGAGACACAUCAGGCAUCCAGACCACUUCUGCCCAUUGGAGUGGUCUGGGUGCCAACUCCGACUACCCUUAACCUUGCAACUGUAAAUAUUGCAGUUCUAAUAAACUGCAAUAAUUACCUUGCAGGGUUAACUCCUCCUCUAGUGGCUGUCUGCUAGACAGCCACUAGAGGGCACUUACGGGUUUAUAGCACAGAUUUUCUGUGCUAUAGCGUCGCUGGACGUCCUCACGCUAUGUAAGGACCUCCAGCAUCGCUGAAAUCCCCUUAGGUAAGCAUUGAAAGCAUUUUCAAUGCUUUCCUAUGGGGAGGUCUAAUGCGCAUGCGCGCCAUUGCCGUGCAUGCACAUUAGGACUACCCCGUCGCCGGCCGUGCAUGCGCUAUAGGUUAUCCGGCAGGGGAGGAGUGUGGGCGGACCCUGAACCAGCACAGAGGGACAUCAGCACUGGAUACAGGUAAGUCACUGAAGGAGUUUUAACCCCUUCAGCAACCUGGGAUGGGGGAAGGGAGGGAGAGGGGUCCUGCAGUGCCAGGAAAACUGGAGAGUCCCUUUAACACACAAAAAUGCAUUCAUUGGCUAAGAUCGGUCAGCUGAUGCUCUCAGCCAAUGGUCGGCCAGAUGUUGUCACUGGCCACCGGGUAACCAGAUAAUCAUUGCAAAAUGGAAAACAGGGCCAGGGUACUCUUGGCAUCAUAACAUCAUGAUUCUUGGCUGUAACCCUUGAACCUUCAGACAAAUGUUAUGGUAUCUGAUGGUUUCUGAUAAUAAAUACAAGCAAAAAAAAAGAAAAAACAGAAACUAAAUCAAAUUACCUUCUGUUGUAGAAUGCAAUGCCUCCUGAUAAACAUUAAGCAACAAAACAUAAAAAAACAAUACGGACAAAGUAGUGAAAUAGUAGAAGAGAUAGAAUCCGGUAGAUUGGGAGAUGGAAAGAUGAAGGCUACGGUGUGCAAAAAUUUAAAGGGGUAGCGCAGGUAGAAUUUGAAGUCCAAGGAUCCUAAAUUUUACCAAAAUACUCCACUCAACUGGGUUGUUUUUUUAAAGGAAUAUAGACAUUUUAUUAGGAACACGAUCAUAUUUAUGUUUUCCUUAUCACACUUAUGAACGCUUCAUGCUGUUGGAAGGUACAUGAAACAUGUAUCUCUGCAAAUAGGAUAUCAACUACUACUACUUUAACAAUACAGUGUUGGGAGCCCUUCUUAAUGAAUGAUUUGAUUGAUAUAGGUCAAGGAUGACAAAUUUAAACAGAACGCUAACGCGCACCGUAAUUGAAACAACACCCUCCUGAUCUUACACAAUCUGGAAUUGUCAUAUAGGUCUCCACAAUCAUAUACAGACUGGACUGGACACUCAGUUAGUAUUAAAAAAAGGCAAUUGGGGGUGCGUGGCAGAUUGAGCAGUGAGAAAGAUGGGUUUGAGCAAGGCUCUGACAAAGCCAACGAUUAAUAGCAGACAGUUGCAACUUAAAUAUCUCUUACAAGCUCCACACAUCAGUACCCCCACCCAACUGACAUUAAAAAAUCUGCAUCCCGGAGACCCCAAAAAUGCCUGACAUUAGACUUUCCUUUUACAGGCCUAUCCCGCGGGUCGCUCCCAAGAUGGCGCCUGCGGAGCCGAGUGAGGAAGAGGCCUCAGAAACAUUUAGGGAGGAUGAGCGAACUCCAGAGACUCCUGAAGCGACUCAGACUCAGAAGAAUAUUCUGCACCAGCAACCAAAAGGGACAUCAGAAACCUCCUGCUGGAGAUGAGACAGGUGUGGAAAACAGACCUGCUAAAAACGCAGACUGAGCUGGGGACCCUGAGCCAACGACUUACAGAAGUGGAGGCCAGAGACGGAGCCAGGGAACAACGGCUGCAGACCAUGCAAGAAGAGAUAGAGGUCCUCGUCCAACAGGUCCAGAAGCUUACCAGGUUGACAAUGGUGCUGGAAUCGCGGCACAGACGGAAGAACAUCUGCCUCAGAGGAGUGUCGGAACGAGUCUCGGGAGAUGCUCUACUGCCCUUCCUCCAGCGCCUACUGACCCAGAUGGGAGCCAAGAGAGGUGCAGACCCCGAGAUCAUAACAUCCACAUUCAGGAUCCGCAAGGCGGCAUCAGCACCAGCAGAAGCACCGAGAGACAUUAUUACUGUAACAAAAACCAUUGCGGCCAGGUUCGCCAUUAUGUCUCGCUCGAGAGAAUUUGACAAUAUCCGCUUUGAGGGAAGUACAGUGGCAAUAUAAGGGGACCUCCCAUUUGCUGUGCUGACAGCAAAGCGGCAACUGGCACCAUUCGCAAGACGGCUACGAAAGGCAGAAAUAAAGUAUAGGUGGGGGUAGACGGAUCACUAGUGGUGAGACACUCACCUUGCCCUUCACUGGGGAUCAGGCAGGCUUUCUCUAAUGCCUACAUGUGCCAGAUACAGAUCCAAAACAGGCCCAUAAGGCCAAGACCUACACAAAGGGCUGACUCAGACUACUCCUUGAGCAUGUAGUGUAGUAAAGCAGGCUACCCCAAGCCCAUUCCCAUCCAUAACACCGCAGGAAAUCCCGGCACUCGUUUAGUGACACAUUGCUUGCCAUAGCUGAGAAGUAGGAAGCAAUCAACUGCCUAAAUGUCAAAAGUUGUGUUUUACCCUUUUACCCUUUUCCUUCUCUUGUGUUUGAAAAUCGAUUAUAUUCCUCAGCUUCAGCUCCUGCCUUGCUUACCAUAUAACACUACCUAGGAGACAGAUUUAACCAAGUUUAGGAGCAGAACAUACUAGAUUAUGUCACCUGACACCAAUAAUAAGACAUACCUUCCUCCUGUAAUGACAGUUGUUGUAAAGCAUGUCUUGCCUCUGCUAUGAUUUCGCUGACUUACUAUCUUUACCAUUGUUUAAUUCUCAUACUACGAUACAGUCGUAUUUUGUGUGCGCAAAAUCAAAUAGUAUACAAAUAAAAAAAAUUAAAAAUAAAGAAAGGCAAUAGACUGAGGAUCCUUCAUUAAGGCUCCUUAGUGAGUCGAUACAUUGCUUAUGUGACAUGAAAUUGCUGUUCUUUCAUUGCUGCCACAGUGCCUGGUCCUGUCUAUACUAUUGUGAAGAAAAAUAUGGCUGUUCUAGAUUGUGGAGCAAAUUGUCUGAAGCAGUGACUUAGGGGACACCUCCAUUUAUUUUACAUUUAUAUCCAAGGGAUCCUAACAGAUAGCCAAUAAUAAUACAUUUUUUUCUCUAGCAUGGGGAGGGAUAUUUAAAGUAAGGGGGGGAAAAAAAGAAAAAAAAAACAAGUUGGAAAAAGACAAAAAAAAUUAUUUCUGAGCAUCGCUGAUAUUAUCAUCUCCUUCAGUUGAGGAAAUAAUCAUGUUGCCGAAAACCAAUUCCAGCCAGAUAAGCCAAAAUGCUAAGGAAAUUUUUGUCAGCAAAGGAGACUGGACGUUGCAAAAUAUUACUGUUGAAAACCAGAUUCUUCUGUCUGAUGGAGUGAAUUACAGCCAAGUAAUCUAUCAGGUAAAACGGGUGUUCCUAGAUAUAAAUAAAUUCUAAUAUAUGAAACAUCACUACACAUUUUAGGACAAUGCAUAUCAGCUGUGUACGUGUGAAUGAUCGUGUCUGCUGUGAAAGUGAUCUCAUACCAAUCUGCAACAAUGGACGCAAAAGCACAUAUUAGACAGACUAGUAAUCUAUGCCACCAUUAAUUUAGUGUGCCAGUGAAGUUCAUACUUCUAUCAUGUAUCUUGUUUUUGCAUUUGACCCAAGUCAAUGCCCAUUUUAAAGGGUUACCUCAACCACCAUGACUAUUUUAAAGUAUGUAUGCAAUUGAAACACUGCACAUACUCAGUAAUCUGCACUUCUGUGCCAGGGGCUGGUUGCACACUCAGCACACAUGAUUUAGGCAGCCCAGAAUUCUAUUCCAGGCUGGCUUAAGUCAAUUCUGUGUAUGUUUUACUUUUGUUGUCAACGCGCUGGGGACAUUUUCAAUAAUCUUCUCCCUUGCCUGCAGGGCAUCUGCAAUAGCCUCCAUCCCCUCCUCUCACUGUGCCCUCCCUCCCGUUAAACAAUUUGCCCUAUUACUAGGCAACCAGACCAGAGUACAUCUGGCAUUAUAACUACUUUAACCACUUACCUUGAACCCCAAGACUGACACACUUAGUUUAGCAGAAAUGCAAAUGCAUAAUUCUUGAUAAAAUUGCUUGAGAUUAUUAUUACUAUCAUCAUUUUCAUCAUAAUCUUUGAAACGCAGUACCAUGUACCAUGUAAAAUACACCACGCACCCCCACCCCUUUGUAGCACACUGUUAAGAGAGGGAGGAUAGGGUGUUUUAGUGCCUGCGUGUUUGUAUCUGUGAAUGUAUGUAUACGUUUGUGUGAAUGUGUGUAUUUUUAGGUGUUUCUGUGUUUCAUACCGGAACAUCUGUGAAUGUGUUUGCAUAUUUUAGUACCUAUACUCCAUGUUUUAUAUAUACGUUACAUAUUUCUGCUAAUAUCACAUUCCUAUUUCUUUUUAAUAUACAUACAUAGAUAUAUCAUUUACAUGUUUUUUUUCAUUUUACCUUUUUCUAGAUUACCAUUAAAAGAGCUCCAAUCGUUUAUAUUAUUAAUCUCAUCAUCCCGUCAUGCUUUUUGGUUUUUCUGGACAUUGCCAGUAUGUUUAUACCAAUAGCAAGUGGUGAAAGACUCAGCUUUAAAAUAACUGUUGUUUUGGGGUUCUCUGUGGUUUUACUGAUUCUGAAUGAUAUGAUCCCCAACUCUGAUGAUAUCCCUUUUUUAGGUAUGUAUUCAGUCUACUUUUAAACCUUUACUGAUAGCUCAUUCUGUGUUUGACAGUGAGAUAGAAUAGUUAUGUAUUUUUAAUUAUUUCUGUUAUUCUUUAUAAAAUUACAGGAUAUUAAUCAGUGUUGUGCAUUCCGAGCUGACUAAAGAAAGUUGCCAGAGGUGGCGUUACAUAGAAUAUAUCAGAAUGUGUAGUGUUUCUUAAUAAAAUACUGCACAUACAAGAUCCUUGCACCAUGACCUCUUAAAAACACAGUUAUCACACGUGAUCACGGUGCUUGGAGUCAGUAUUUAACUAUGGAAAUAAUAAUAAUCCCCAACACACAAACAGUGAGGACAGUGGAAGCCUAUAUAUAGGAAGGACAUAGUACCAGACCUUAGAGUGGCCUGGGCUUAAUGUUUAAGAAAAAUAUGCGAUAUAGAAUAAUCUAAUCCAGGCCUAGUUCAGGAUGGAAGAAAGAUUAAUAAUAAGUAAAACAGAGCAAAGGGUCAUGAAUACCAGAAUAUCGUAAAAAAUUAUUGUACAAGCCAAGUCUAAUAUAAGGAAUCAAGGAACGUACUCUAACAAUCACCAGAGGACAAUUAAGAGGGGUCACAAGGGCUACUUAUAGAUCCCAGUGGCCUCUGAUUGACUUCUUUCACGUGUGACGGCAACAAAAAAACGCGACCUUCGUUGUGUGGGCAUAGUGUAUUGGCAAACCAUCAACGUAAGAUACGGGCCAUGAUGGGCAUAAACUAAGGAACUGGAAAGCAUGGAAAGCACUGGAACGGGAAAGUGCUCUUAGGAGCUUUAGUGGACACCUGAAACAAUAAGGAGAUAUGACAGGUUCCUGUAAAAAAAAUAAUCAGAGGUGAAGGUAUUCAUUCUUAUUGCUGCUCUAGAAAUACCUUCUCCAGAAGAGUGUAGAGUUACUUACCUGGCCGUCGAUCCGGUAUUCUCGAGUAUGGGAUAGUCACGUGGCCCAAAAGCCAGACAUGCAACUGCUGCUCGCAUUCAGAGUGCGUUCUUAAAGGCUCCCAGGGGGCACCAGUUUUAUGUGGUUCAUGGUGAUCCGGUGUUCCCAUUCAAGCAUGUUCAGCAGUCACAGGUGUGACGUGAACCAAAUCACACCUAACACUAUAUAAAGUUCUUUGGCCCAAUUUACUGUGCCCUAUCGUAUCCUAGUGUCUGUCAAGUGCAUUCCUUGUUCUUAUCUAAUUUUUCAGGUUAUGACCUUGGCUAGUUCUUGACUCUGAGUAUUUCUAUAACCCUUAUAUGGCUAGUCUAUCUGCUAUUCUAUUUUCUGGACUCCAGAUAGUUUAUUAAUGAUUCUGUUUCUCCGUUAUCCUGACCGUGUUUGUAUUUGAUUUCUCUCCUUUGUAUGUUGAGCUUAGCCACUCUAAGGUCCGGUAAUACAUCUGUUCUAUCUAGUCAACUAUUGUUCUCCUUGACUCUGCGUCCAUAAUCAUGCUUUGUCAGUUUCUACAGCUAUGGUUAAAGGACUCACGAAACUUAAUUUUCUGCAUCCCCAGGCCAAUGUACAACACGAAGCUAUUUGACCAUUGGGGAUUUUUGAAAAAUAUGCAAGGAUCCCUGAAAGUGACAAAGUGCUUUAAGUGAUUAACUGUACAGAGACUGGUGUACUCUUCUAUAUUAACAAACAUCCUGCUAAAGGAACACACCAAGCGCAAGCACCAUAACCACUAGAGCACUCAACAUAAACACUACUAAACAUAGUCCCCUAACCAUGCUCCCACCUGUGGGCAUCGGUAUUUAGACACUGGAAAUAAAAAUAAUUGGCUAGCGGGAGGAGGCCUUAACAAUAAUAUUGAAGGAGGGAGUACCUAGUGUCCUAAUUAUAAUAUUCUCGAGAGAAGUGAGACUUGGCUACCAGAGUGCUCUGAUUGGUUAGCUUAGUAGCCAACCAAUCAGAGCACUCUUACUGAUAUGACAUAGUGUGGGCAAUUUCCCCUGUAAUCUAAUAGCUGACAGCGUUUGUGACAGCGAGUGGGAAAGCGUUUGUAAGGCUAUGAGAGCUCAGUCUAUGGAAAGCCCUUGUGGGGUGAAUAUAGAUUAAGUUAAUUGUGUUACAAAUUUAUUUCUUCAAUUGCGAAUCAGGUUGCUGUUUUUUUUUAUUCUUAGUUGCAUUGAGAUUAAUGGAUUUUUAUUUGGCCCGUUUUGGGCUGAAGAAAAGUAGAAUUAGAAGAAAAGUAACUUUUGAUGGUAGGUAUAAUUAUUUUUAACAGGAAUUAGUUUCAUUGUCUCACUCCUACUAACUAUUAUUAGGGUGAGUGGGGUAGCUAGGGUCCUUUAUUUUUUAAUGGCUGCUAGGGAAAAAGAUGGCCCAAGCCAUCCGGGGGAGGAGGUAUGACAGAAUGGCAGAUGGACAUGCCAAUGUUUGGGGUGGACAAUAGCAUGUCCAUCCCCCCUUCCCCCAUUGUUUAAUUAGAGAUCCAUGGGCAGAGACAUUAGGUAUACCCCUUUUAAUAAUAUAAUUACAUGAUUUUGCUAUUUCAUGAAGAAAAGUCAUGAUUUUAUGAAAGACACGGAGGCGAGUAUUGCAUAUCCCUUUCUUUACUGUCCACCAAUAGCAGCAAAGGAUACAAACAGUAAGAAAAAACAGUAACCAUAGAGAUAGGACACUCCCAUAUCAAGUCCCAGUAUAAUAGGCAGUACCUUCCCACCCAAUUCCUCUUUCUUUGAAGAUGCUACCCGCCAACAGCAAACAGGAAACCAGGAACAGUCCAGAACUAGAAGGGCAACGGCCCAAAGUCCAUCUGGAUACUUGACCAGAAGAUGCCCAAUAACAGGGACAAAACCAGGAACGAAUGAUGAAACGUUAACCAUAGGGAGUCCAUCUCAGCGGUAACCACCGAACACCAGCUAACUUGGAGAAGUCCUGUGUAGAGAGAUGCACUUCAUGCGAUGCAUCCAGAAGUGAGUCAACCUGUGAAAACAUAAUAACAGGAGCCCAAAGGUUAAAUCGGUACUAACACCAAUUGUACAUGCCAAGAUACGAUACAUUGGAAAUCCAGUCACCCCUUAGUGUCCCCCUAUUCUUUCUUAAGUCAAGAAUCCCCAGGUAUGUGUAGUGUCAUGAUUCAGAUGUACAUAUAAAUCAUACGUGAUGGAGCGCAAUUCUAUACUUACCGCCCUAAAGCGAGACAUAACAGGGGGGGAAAAGGUUAUACAAAUAAGUAAAAAGGGAGGGGCAAUACUCGCCUUCGUGUCUUUCAUAAAAUCAUGACUUUUCGUCAUGAAAUAGCAAAAUCAUGUAAUUUUAUGUCAAGACACGGAGGCUCAUAUUGCAAGUUUAACCCUUUAAGGACCAAACUUCUGGAAUAAAAGGGAAUCAUGACAUGUCACACAUGUCAUGUGUCCUUAAGGGGUUAAAGCUGAGGUCGAAAGUAGAAUUCCUUGAAGGUGGAUUCUCUGGACCAGUCCGCCAUUCUCAUAAGGUCUUCCAGGCGUGCCCCUGAAGAGGCCAUAGAAGUGGCUGAAGCCCCACGUGUGGAGUGGGCGCUAAAAAUGGAUGUGUCUACACCUGCCUGCGACAUAACCCACUUCACCCAACGAGCCAGAGUCAUGCUGGAUACUGGGGCGAAGGGUUGACGGAUUGAGAGGAAAAGUUGAGGAGUUGAAGCCGAUCGAUGGGCCUUCGUCCGAAGUUCGUAUUCUCUCAAACAGGUCACUGGGCACAACUUAGGGGUAGUUGGGAAACUCGGGUACGAGACUGAACGUAUGGCCGUCUUAGUCCUUCUGGAGAUAUUAAAUGUCACCCCGUCUGGGGUGAAGGAUCUCGCAUCAUGGUCCAGGGCACGUACCUCUGAGACUCGUUUGCACGAAAUGAGGCAGAACAGUGAUACCAACUUGGCAGAGAGUUGUUGCAGGUUGAGGUCUGAGUUGGCCGGCCAGGAGGAAAACAGUGAUAGGACGCAGGAUACGUCCCAUGUGGCUGUGUAUCGAGGUCUGGGGGGACGCGAGGGGCGUGAACCCUUGAGUAAACGGCACAUCAAGGGAUGUUGGCCUGCUGGGCAGCCGUUGAAACCCUGAUGAGCUGAGGAGAUGGCCGAUCUGUAUAGGUUAAUCGUGCGAUAUGCUCGGCCCGCUUCAAAUAAUGAUGUGAGGAACUGGAGUAUCGCCAUCACAGGAGCCGCCACGCGAUCCAGGUCCCUAGCCAGGCACCAACCAGUCCAAGCUCUCCAAGCGGUCCCGUAUGAGCGUCUAGUGCCGGGAGCCCAUGCGUCAGCCAGGAGGCGUCGAGUUGUGUCCGAAACUCCUUGGACUUCCCAAGGACCCCUGAAAUCCUCCAUGCGAGUAGCCGUAACAAUCCAUCCAGUAGGAGGGAAUGUUGUUGGCCCAACGGGUUCAGCAGAAGGUCCUGGUUGGACGGCAGGAGUGUGGUCACGUCUAUUGCCAGUUCCAGGAGUUGUGGGAACCACGACUGGGUACCCCAGAAUGGGGUUAGUAGGACCAAAUGCGCCAUCUGGUGGCGUACUUGGAGUAGCACUCGGGGAAGCAUGGCAAAUGGAGGGAAAGCGUAAAGGUGUGAGCUGGACCAUUCCUGUAGGAAGGCAUCCACUGCUUCCGCGGCCGGGUCUGGACGCCAGCUGUAGAACCGGGGUAGUUGGGCGUUGAGCCUGGAAGCGAAGAGGUCGAUGGUGAAGGGCCCCCAGAGGGACGAGAUAGUGGAGAACACCUCUGUAUCCAAUUUCCAAUCGCUGCUGUCUGACAGAUAGCGUGAGCUCCAAUCUGCAUGAGUAUUGUGAAGGCCGGGGAGGUAUUCCGCCUGGACCAUCAAGUUCCUGGCUAAGCAAUAGUUCCAGAAAUCUUUUGCUAAACGGGCCAGUAUCGCUGAGCGUGUGCCGCCCAGGUGGUUGACAUAGAUGAAAUGUUGUCCAUACGUAGCCUGAUGCAUGCACUGGCCGUGCCGUUCGCAAAACUCCGGAUCGCAAAGGAACCAGCUAGUAGUUCCAGGGCAUUGAUGUGGAGUCGGGACUCGGCUUCUGUCCAGCGACCGUUGCAGUGUGCGCCCCAGCCGUGGAGACUUGCAUCCGAGUCCACCGUCAACUCCGGUUGAGAGCCGAAGAUGGCCUUGCCAUUCCAGGCGGAUAGGUUGUGGAUCCACCAGGUCAGUUCGUCUCGGGAUUCCAAGUCCAGGGAGACCAAAUCUGCAUACGAGGCCCCUUUGCGAAGGUGUGCUAUCUUCAGACGCUGGAGGGCCCGAUAAUAGAGCGGAGCUAGGAACGCUGCCUUGAUGGAGGAGGCCAGUAGUCCAAUGAGUCGUGCCAGGUGUCGUAACGACAGCUGGUGGCGCGUCAGGGCUCGUCGCAGUUCCUUGCGGAUUGAGCGUAUUUUGGCUGGAGGGAGACUGAGAGACUCCGCUUCUGAGUCUACCGUGAACCCUAGGAACUCCAUGUGUCAGGAAGGGGAUAGGCAGGAUUUUUCCUCGUUGAGCAGGAAACCCAGCCGACACAGUAGAUCCAUUGUCCAUUGAAGGUGUUCUAGGAGGACCCCCCGAUCUUGUGCCAUGAGGAGGAUAUCGGUAUGGAAGUAUAACUAAACCUAAGAAUUAUAAUUUGGGUUAUUGUUGGGAACUUGGGAACACUGAUGCUGCAGGAACUAAGCAGAGAUGCCUAUGUGAAAGCGUGAAAUACAGAUGCACGAAAGGGUUGUUGUUGUUAGACUGCACUGGCUUAUGACAGGCCAGGUGUGGCUAUCAACGAAUGGAGAUGCAAGUCUUAUUGCGAGUCUCACUACAAGUCCUGGCUGCCUGGCAUGUGUCGUUGCCAGUUAACUGCUGUUCUGGUGCAUCAGUUGCAGGCUAUCCCCUCUAGAUCCCCUCUUCUUCCUGGGUUUUCCCUUCAUCAGGGUCUCUGUGGGCAGUGUGAUUAUCAUGCCCAGGCUGUGUAGAAACGCUGUCCGGUCUCCAGUGGAUGACAACACAAGUAUUUCUUCCCUGUGGGGGACUAUUAGAGUACCCAUUGUUCCCCAUCUGUACUUGACAGAGUGGUCUCUCAGCCUUCUGGCGAUGGGGGCCAGCUGCCUCCUCUCCAUCAGGUAAUGGCAGAUAUCUGUAAAUACCUUGCUAUCCCCAGAGUCCUGGAGCGAUUCAGAAUUGCAGUUCUCACUGCUUCAUCUCUUGUGACUGUGAUGGUGUCUCUAGGGGCUUCAGCUGGCGCUGUGGCAGAUUUGCGUAUUCGGAACACCGAUGUUAUCUGCGCGGGAUCAUUGCACCCCUUUAUUCCCAUGGAGGUGAUCAGUCUCUGUGUUACCUCGGAGACGGAUGUUAUGACAUCUGUGGCUGGCUUCUAGGUGAGCCGUGUGAUCUGGCUCUGUGCUGCCUGUAGCUUGCCGUCUCUGGUUAUCUCCCUCGCCUCCACCGCUGUGAUCUUUUGGUCAAUCACUCUGAUUUCACCCUGGGCCUCUCAUAGGUCAGCUUUUCAGACCUCUCUCAGGACGGUCAGAAGCCUCCUGAUGUCUCCUUUGGUGGACGGAGUGGAAUUUUCAUCCGAAUCAGGGGACUGAUAUCCUCCACUGGCCCGAGGAAAGGUAAGUGAGCCUUCCUCCUCGUGGGAGUCCUCCGAGGCCUCUGGGUCAAUUUGGACCUCAGGCGCCAUCUUAGGCGGCGCUGGUGGCGUGGGCCUCUCGAAGGAGAGUCUAAUGUCUGGUAAAUGAAAGUUUUCCGGGCAGUUCUGCUUUCUAUUCUUGAGCCCCAUUGUGUCAUCUGUUGGAGACUGUGAAUGGUUUAGGGUCAAUAUUUUAGCCGCUGAAGUCAGUUUAUUGUGGGGUCGCAUUGUAGUUUUUUUAAAUUUCACCCACCCAAUGCCCACUGUGGGGGACUAUGUCCCCCCUCAGGUAUUUCACUGGCCCCAUCCCCCUGGGAUAGGGACUUUGCUGCAAGAGGGUAUAUAUAUAUAUUUUAAUUGUGUUAACUUUUUAAUGUGGUGGCUAGUUAGCAAGUGAUUGCCAGCUGCCACAUAAUUAGCCCUUAUGCAGAAGAGGGCUUUUAACUGCUAGCACGGAAAUAGUUCAGAUGUUUUCUAAAUCCAGGUCCGCAUUUAAUACCCAUUGUACAGCGCUACGGAAUCUGAUGGCGCUAUCUAAAUAAUAAAAUAAUAAUUCAUUCAGUAUGGAUUUAAGUAUUGAAUCCUUCUGAAAUCCAGACCAAAUUUAGGUCUGUUCAAGAACCGCACAUUGUUGAAUAACGUGAUCAGUGUCCAGAUUUUGCAGUCUGAAUGGCACUGUAUGCAGCAAGAUGGUUUCGGACUUUAGUGAAUAACUACCGUUUUUGUUGGCUUUGUAGUAUGUAAAUAAAUGGAUCUUCCCUUUCUCUGAAGUCAGAAUGACUUCCCAAAGCUGCUGAAAUAAAUCAUUCUGGCUGUUUCUCUCCAUGUUGCUCUUACAUAGAGCCUGACCCUCCUCCCUACUUCCCCUUGCAGGCAUUGCUUUUCCUUAGGCUGAAUUCAAGCAAGAGAGAUGGAAAUAUACAUGAAAUUUCUGUCCCUAUCAUUUAAGAUUAAGUCUUAUUUGUCAUAGCAAGUACUGUUUAAGAAACACUCCAUGCGCCCUGACCAGGGCCGGAUUAAGAGCACAGUGGGCCUGGUGCUGACAAUUAUGAUGGGCCUAAUUACGGAAUCUUAUCGACCAAAAACACUAAAACAAUCAUACCUCCCAAGCGUCAUGUAUCUGAUGGAGAUGGUGCUGGAGGGAAACUCAUAGGAUGCAGCUAUAAGAAAACACAUACUCUAGGCUAAUCUCUCACUAAUUUAUGCUUUCAUCUUUCAAGUAAAUCCAUAACCCCUAACAGCAAUGUCCAGUAAAGCAGGAACUCAAUGGGCUGGGUAAAAGGGUGUGCCACUGGCGCGAAUCACGUGACAAGACCUGCCAAAAGGGGUGAAUAUGCCCAAAAAAGGGGCAUGUUUGUCCAAAGAAUUGGAAGGUCAGCCUGGCAUGAAUGCAUGUCAGGCUGCCUGCCAAUCCUGCAGGCUGUCCAACUAAGGGCAUACUAUGCAGGCUGCACCUUGAGCUUGACAUAAAUGCUUCUAAUGAUGCGCUCACUCUAUUCUUUCUAAGGACUGUCCCCUAGCACUCGCUGGUCCACUUGUCUCCUUACCUUCUUACUAGCAGGCAUAAGUUCCUGGUAUAGUCUGCGACAGAGAAAAGGUGUCUGUAGUGAGUGUAGGAAGGGUACAUGCCACAGUGUUAGAGAGACCAACAUCUGCAUUACCUAAACUAACUUUAAUGUCAGCCAGUGCACACAAGUUUUGUUCCCAUAUAUCCCUCCUAAGCUUCAAAACUUAAAGGGACACUAUAGUCACCAGAACAACUACAGCUUAUUGAAUUUGUUCUGGUAAGUAGAAUCAUUCCAUUCAGGCUUUUUGCAGUAAACACUGUCUUUUCAGAGAAAAUAACUCCACUGGCCACUCCUUAGAUGGCUGCUAGAGGUGCUUCCUGGGGCAGUACUGCCUAGUGUGCAGCACUGCCAUUCAGUGUCUCCACCCUCAGACACUGAAUGCAGACACUGAACUUUCCUCAUAGAGAUGCAUUGAUUCAAUUUAUCUUUAUGAGGAGAUGCUGAGGGACUGACUCUGCCCCUGAUUGGUUGACAGUCUCAGCCAAUCCUAUGGGGAAGUAUUGUAAUUUGCUCAGACCACCACUUCUGAGCCAGCAGCUGCAGAAUUGAAUACAAGUAAUAUUUUACUAUAUUUAGGGAGGCAAGAAGGGGCUAGGGUGGUGGUUUUAACAUAAUAGGGUAAGAAAUACAUGAUUGUGUUCCUGACACUAUAGUGCUCCUUUAAGCAAGAGUAUGUGAAGAGUAGUUAAGGUUGCCACCUUUCUUGGAAAAAAAUACCAGCCUUAAUCACUUGUAUAAUUAAUUAGUUAUGCGUGACAUCACAUGAUGUAAAUCACAAGGAGUGACAUCAGAGAAAAUUCUGUAAAAUCACCAACAAACUACUCACAGUUUGAUUCUGCUGUAUAGAUGGAUUGCUCCCAGUGUCUCCCUGUCUCCCAGUGUCUCAGUCUUGCAAGUCACCCAGUGUCUCAGUGUCCCUAUGUAUCACAGUGUCAGUGUCCCCAUGUCGCCCAGUCCCCUAGUCUCCCAGUGUCUGUGUCCCCAUUUCUCCCAGUGUCCCAGUGUCUCAGUGUGUCACUAGGAUACUGGGGACACUGAUAGACAUGGGGACACUGAGAGACCCGGGGACACAGAGACAUGGGGACACUGGGAGACAUGGGGACACUGAGAUAUUUAGGGAAACUGGGAGAAAUGGGGACACUGAGACACUAGGGACACAGACACUGGGAGACAUGGGGACACUGAAACAUUUGGGGACACUAAGACACUAGGGACACAGACAUGGCAACACAUACACUGGGAGACUAGGGGUCACUGGGAGACUAGGGGACACUGGCUGGGAGACAGACACUUGGGGACACUGGGAGACAUGGGGACAGUUGUGGACAUAGACAUGUGGACACUGGGACAUAUAGGGACACUGGGAUACAUGGGGACACCAGGCACACUGAGACACUAGGAACACAGACAAUGGGAGACAUGGAGACACUAUAACAUUUGGGGACACUAAGACACUAGGGACACAGACACUGGGAGACUAGGGGAUACUGGGAGACUAGGAGACACUGACUGGGAGACAGACACUUGGGGAGACAUGGGGACAGUUGUGGACAUAGACAUGGGGACACUGGGACACAUGGGGACACUAGGCACAUAGAGACAUGGGACACAAACACUAGGAGACUUAGGGACACUGAGACACUAGGGACUGUGGCUGGGGGACAUAGUGUCUCCGUGUCCCAAUGUCUCCCAAUGUCCCUAUGUCUCACAGCAUCCCCAUGUGUCUCAGCAUCCCCAUGUGUCCCAGUGUCCCCUAGUGUCUCAGUGUCUCCAUGUUUUCCAGUGUCCCCAAGUCUCCCAGUGUGUGUCCCCAUGUGUCCUAGUGUCUCAGUGUCCCCUAGUGUCUGUGUCCCCAUAUGUCCCCAAGUGUCUCAGUGUCCCCUAGUGUCUCAGUGUCCCCAUAUUUUCCAGUGUCCCCAAAUGUCUCAGUGUUCCCAGGUCUCCCAGUGUCUGUGUCCUAGUGUCUCAGUGUCCCAUAGUGUAUGUGUCAUCAUGUGUCCCCUAGUGUCUGUGUCCCCUAGUAUCUCAGUGUCCCCAUGUGUGUCCUAGUGUCUCAGUGUCCCCAUGUGUCCCUGCUGCCUUUCCCCCCAUUCCUCAUUUACCUGAGCUGUAGAGCUGCUGUCUGGACUCUCUGUGCUGUGUAGCUGCUCCCCCACGGAUCAGUGAGUAGUAGAGAGAGGCAGGGAGGGAUAUGCUGUAACUUCCUAUCCCUGCCUCUCUCCACACACAGUGACCCCUACUGGCCGGUGCUGGUAUUGCAGAGUAAUUUCCAUUUAUUCUGAGACAAUUACCUGCAUUUGUAUUGCCGGUAUAACCGCAAUACCGGCACGGCCAGGCAGCCUCAAAUACCGUCUGUGCCAUUAAAAUACCAGUCAGGUGGCAAACCUAAGAGUAGUGUGUAAAAAAAAAAAAAUCUUUUUUUUUUUUUAAAUGGGCCUAUUCCAUGGGCCUGGGACUGGGCCUGGAGCUGCAGCUCCAUCAGCCCCUAUGUUAAUCUGGCCUUGGCCCUGACGUCCCUCCAACUUCCCUAAAGUGCAUGGUUUAGCUUAUUGGCUGAGAGUGAUCAGCUAAUGCUCUCACCCGAUGAGCUGACUCUACACAACCAGUUUUAGCUCAUUAGAGCAAAUGGAAUCUCUGUGCAGGAGCUUCCAGUUCUGGUUUUUAAACUUCUUCUGGUACAACUACUUACAAGGCACUUAUUCCACCAUAACCACUACAUGCAUUGUCGUGGUUAUGGUGCUUGACAUAUUCUUUUAACUAAAAAGUAACAUCCAUGUGCAUGACAGUAUAUGCCUGUUUACAUGUCCUUACAUGUUUUAUACACAGGUAUAUUCUGCUGCGUGUGUAUGGCCAUUAUGGUAUUCAGCACUAUAAUCUCCACAGCUACAUUAUACAUGUAUACCCUUGCGGAAACCGAACAAGAAGUCCCACUUUGGGUAAAGACGUGGAUAAUAAAAUAUUUGGCGUGUGCUCUUUGCUUCCAUUGUAAGUCAAAGGAUGAAGAUCUGGUCGUUGAGGUGACAGAUUACAAAAGUGAGUAUGGUCUUAUUAGUAGGACCACUCCACAAAUCUUACAUUACAUAACCACCUAUAUGAAUUUUGUAUCUUUCUAGAUGUGGACUUUACUAAAAGAACAGAAACCAAUAUUGAACUUCGAGACAGGAAUAAGAGCAGCUUAAAAGACGUCCAAAGUACCCUGGAAGUAAAGUUGUUAAAAAGGUUACUGGUGGAAGUUCUGAAGAUCCACCAGCAGUUGGUGGUCCAUCUUUGUAAGGAUGAGGCUAAAUCUGAAUGGUACAUUGCUGUUUUGAUAGUGGAGAGGUUAAUCCUUAUUGUCUAUUUCAUCAUUAUAGUUGCACUUUUUGUCAUUAUGAUUAGUGUUUGGUCCAACUGAAUGAUAUCUACAAAGGAAAACAAAGCUCUAGAAAGAUAUCCUUGCAAAUAUAUGUUAAGUGCGGUUUCAAAAAAGUAAAACGGAUCAUGUCGCAAAUAUCAAAAACAGUUUACAAUUAUUAACCAGGUCUAUGCUAAAGCUUAUUACAAUGGAAAUGGACUUUCAACAAUCUUUUAAUGUAAAU